AUGGCUGACAGUGGUGGCUGGGCAACUACUCAGCAGAGUUCCCACUCUGCAGUGGUGGAUUUGGAAGAUGCUGAAAUGGAAAUCAUUGAUAAUGAUGCAUCAGAUUAUGAGAGUCAUUUUGAAGAACGCCGUGAUGUGGGUAGGAAAAGAAGAGAAGGUCCUUCAUAUAUGGAGGAUGCUGGGAAAAAAUUUGGGGCUAAUGUCACAGAAGCAGUGUUUGAAGCUGGGAAGCAGCAGGCUAAGAGAGCAUGGAGCGUAUAUGGUAACAUUGAUAUACUCCGCCCUUUCUUUGAUGUGGAACCUCAGGAGGUCAGCAAAAGAUUGCUUUUGUCUCUGGUUCCCAAGUUGCCAUCAGCUCAAAGACAGAGAGUACCACGGGAAUUGUAUGGUCCGCUGAUGGUCAUCUUCACCAUGAUUGCCCUCCUGUUGUUCCAGAUGAAGACUUCAGGGCAUAAAGUGGAGGAAGGUACACUGAUGGGAACAGCUUUUGGAGUGUGUUUCACAUACUGGCUUGGGGCCUCCACAUUUAUCUGGUUCCUUUGCUAUGUUUGUAACACACAUAUGGCCUUUGUACAGAUUCUAUCCAUGGUGGGUUAUGCCUUGUUCGGCCAUUGCCUAGUGCUGUUCCUGGGAACCAUCAUCCAUACUUCACAUGACCAUUUGUUUUUCUAUAUUCUUUGGGCCAUUGUUGGAGGAUUGUCCUCCUUACGCAUGGCGUCCCUGGUGAUAUCACGUACAAGCGGACAGACACAGCGUCUCAUUGUAUGCGGAGUACUUGCUGUUCUUCACCUCCUCUUCCUGUUAUAUCUCCACUUUGCCUAUCAUCAAAUUGUUGAAGAAAUUUCUGAAGCUUUCCAAGACUUUAAGAAGCCACACCCAGACAUAUCAUUGGAAGAAGCAUCCCAUCAGUUGAAGGAAAGAGCUAUUGAGGGAAUAGACAAUAUCAAAAAUGCUCUACCUGAUGCAGCUGGUAAAGCUGUGGAUGAAAAUUUACAAAAAGCUGGGGAGACUGUGGUAGAGAGUGUGAAAGCCGGUGACGCUAUAAAGUCAGUGCAGAGCGACGUCAGAAAGGCUAUGGCCCCUGUAGCUGGUCUGAGCAAUGGUACAGUCCUACAUGUGGAUGGCAGUAGCAAAAAUGCAUCCUUGCCGAAAUUCGGGGAAGUCCUUGUUGCCUGAAUACACAAAGAUGGAAAUUAGAUGUGAAAGGGCAAAAAGAGUUUCCUCAUCCCACCCAUGUUUUGUGGAAGAUGUGAAGAAUCUCUUGUUCAAAGUUUUGGCACAGCCAGUUUUAUACCAAUAUUCUGUUGGCACAUGGUGAUUGUUUCCUUGCCUUGGAACAAGUGGUAAAUUAUAUACAUCUCUUAAGCUGACCAGUUGUCACUCGUGGUAAUUGUGUUUAUUGUGGAACACACCUCACCAGCUGGGUUUGGUGUUCUAAAUGAACUAAGGCAAUGGUAGGGAAGUUGUGAUGUAAAUGUUGAGUUAUCCUUGUUUAUAGAACUUGUUAAAACCAUCGUCACAAAGUUAAUGAGUAGUGGACAUUUGCUUGAAUGUUGCAUGAAAUGUUGACUCUUCAUCUUGUAGAUCUAUAGCAGAUUGUGUGGUCAGAAUUCUGUAAAGUUAAUGAUGGCAACCAGCUUCGGGGUAUCUUUUAUGCUUUGAUGGAUGCAUUUCUACAACAAAUCUGAAAACAUAUCAUGAAGAAUUCAAGCAAACAGUGGUUUGAAAUAUCUUGGGUUAGUUCUGAUGUCAUUCAUGUGGGUUAUUUCUUUCUUCUUUUAAAUGUAGGUGUCAGAUAGCAUAAUGGAUUUUCUAACUUCCAUAUUUAUUUGGCAUGACCACAUGUUCAUGUACCUUAUCAAGGCAAGAUGUUCAAGCUCUUUGCGCAUGAAAAGCUAUCCUUGCAUAUAAUGUAUAUUUAAGAAAAAAAAAUCAUUAGUUUGGGUCUUAUAAAGCUAUGUUUGCUGAUUUAGACAGUUUAACAUUGUACUUAACACAGAUUUGUUGACAUACAGUUCAGAAUUAUUGUCUGUCGAUUCUUGUAUAUAGCGUUUAUAUUGUGGAGAAAGAACAUUGUUUGGAACGAAAUGUAUCGGUAGGCUGUUUGAGAGACAUAUUUAUAUUAUAUGAACAGGUAGCUCUUCUAUAGAGUUAACAACACCCUUGUUAUACCCUGCUUUCCUUUUUCCCCUUACACUAUGUACACACAUAGCACCCAACAACUAAACUCUCCAUGUUCUGUGUACAAAUAUGAAGUCUCUGUGUACCCAUCUAAAGGUCUCAGUGUACAUAUUUUUGCAUAUGUAUACAUGUACUUGCAUAUUCUCGAAAACCUCUUAUUUUUCCAUGGCCUUGAGAUAGUCCAGUAAGUUUUGUUUAAUAGAUUUUCGAUUACCUUUGUCUGGGAAUGGGGACUAGUGCUACUGGAUUGAUGGUGAAAACCACCAUUGUUCACUUGUUUAGACCUGUUUUCCAUAGUUAUUAAUUAUGCAGGAGGUUUGAUUGUGUGGGAAACUCGACCACAGGCAGUAUCCAUUUGUUUUCUCCAGAAUUACAGUAAAUCAAUGCCUUCUGUGCUUGAGCUAGAAUCUGUCAUUUGGAGUGUGAUUUUACUGAGCAAAAGCAGUGAUGAAAUAUAAUAGUCUUAAUAAGUUGAUUUCUUGAGGGAGAUCAAGACAAUAUUGUUAUUUCCAACAUGGCAUGUUUCUAUAGUUUUCAAAUAUAUCACUCGGUCAAACAGGUUUAAAUUUAUGUCAACAUACGUGUACCUGUUAACUUAAAAUCUGCAAGUGACAGUUUGAGUAUAGAGGUAAAAUAUUAAGGUUGGCACUGAUAAAGAUAUUUAUGAAAAAUAGAUCCCUUCUCUGUAACUGAUCGUGUCAUCUCAGAUGGAAAAAUCCUCAGACACUGCGCAAACAUGGUAAAGAAGAUGUAGCCAAGGUGUAAUUACUAUUACACCAAGACAGUCUGCUCUAGGAUGUCACAGCCACUCUUUGACAUAUUUAACGACGGAAUUAUUUACAACCUUCUCUUUGUACAGCUGUUUUCCAGGUGUGGAGCUAAACUGACAGCCAAUAGGGCAUUGGUGAUGUAUUAAACCCUGGAAUUUUUGUUUAAAUUCUAUUUUGUGGGCAUGCAAUUUGGAACUCCAUUCUGUACAUCUGUUCAUAGUGAAAUAACCUGAACAAUUUUUGUAAAUACACAGUAUGUAUUUCUUGCCUGUCUACACACACUGUACAUAUCUUUGUGACAAAAGGCUAGACUACAUGAUAUAAAUAAAACAAUACCAA